GGCUCCGGACCGGAGUGCAGGAGAGAUAGAUAGAGAGAGAAAGAGAGAGAAUGGUCCCGUCCUUCCUCGUGCCCUUUCUCUGUAGUUUGUACAUUUUCCGAAGAGACGACUUUCUGCUGCAUCUGACUUUACUUCCCACCGGCACGUGUUUCUACUGCUGCCCCAUCGAUUUAAAUCGGGACGUCCAAUUUCAGCUGUUUACCAGACGAAAUCCAACGCAUCCAUCCAUACUGGAUCCCAAUGAUGUCGCGACAUUGUGGAAGAGUAAUUUCGACGUUAAACACCCGACUAUCGUUUACGUUCACGGAUACAGCGACAGCGGUUCAGGGAAGGGGCCCAUCGCUAUACGAAAUGCGUACCUUCGUCGCGGGCAUUAUAACGUGAUAUUACUACACUGGCCGAAAUUGGCAGUAUUACCGUGGUACAUAUCCGCAGUGAAAAAUGCCAGAAUCGUCGGGCGUUACUUGGCUCACGUGAUGAGGUGGCUCGACGCGCAGAAAGCAGUUCCUUUAUCCAGAAUUCAUGUGAUCGGUUUCAGUUUGGGCGCGGAGGCUGCCGGUUUCAUGGGGAAAGCUCUCGCGCCACGGAAGGUAGGCAGAAUCACCGGAUUGGAUCCGGCCUAUCCGUUGUACAUGGACACCGGGGAGGAGGGUCACUUGACAUGGGCCGACGCCGCAUUCGUCGACGUCAUUCAUACGGACGGUGGCAAUUUCGGAUUCCCUCAUCCCCUAGGCCACGUCGACUUUUACCCGAACGGCGGGAGUAGACGACAGCCCGGUUGCGAUUUAAGGAGCCUCCUUCGCAUGAGCUUCCGGAGAAUAAUAAAUCAAUACAUUGCGUGCGGACAUAAUCGAGCCUGGCGUUACUACGCGGAAUCGGUGGACAACCCCUACGGAUUUCCCGCGAGUCGAUGCCCAAGGUGGCGACCCGGGAUUUUGGCGAACUGCGUGUGGAAACCCGAGGUUCACAUGGGCCUCGCGGUCGAUCCUGAGUGUCGGGGAAAAUUUUAUUUGAGCACGAACGCGCAAGCACCGUUCGCCAGGAAUUCGACGCGCUACAAAUUUGGCAAGUGACACUCGACAUGGGAUAAUCCUGAAUUUGGAUGAACCAAAUUAAUUGGGAAGCGAAAUAGAUAUGGCUUCCGCCAAGAUAAUUGUCUUGGAUAAAAGUUGACAGAAGGAGAAUAUUAAAAAAAAAAGAUCUCUCUUGCGACAAUUUAUUUUACGUGUUUUGCGGUAAAAAUGUUUGUAUUUCUACCGUUUCUACACUGUAAUAAUGAAUUCGAGGCACAAUUAAUUUAGUUGCCUUCUUCGAGAAAUCGCUAAAAUGACAAUAAAAGUUUCUCCUAUCUUCCUCUAGAAAAUAAACAAUGUUCGUGAUGAAACACGACGAUAAUAACCGAUAGCGAAAAGCUCGAAUCAAAUUACGACAAGUCGAAGAGGAAACAACUCGUGCCAGACUCUUUUAAUGUCAACCGUACUACGAUCUCAUGCCGGAUAUAGAAGCGCAUUGUUUACCGUCGCUAUCUCUACCCUUAAUUGUCAACGAUAUACGAAUAAUAGUUGUACGACACGCCUAUAGAAUUACAUAACAUGUAACAGGAAAAAUACGCGACUAAAAUUCUGUAAUAAUGUAACUAUGCAUGAAUUAGAGGAAUACUUUUGCAUGAAAAAUGAUAUGUUGAUAACAAGCUCAGAUUAUAAAAAAAAUGCAGAAUUUAAUUGAUAUGC